AUGGAAGAUCCAUCACCGGUCAUUUCCACUUCGCAACCCUUAGAGGUGAUCAAUGAUUUAGAAGUUGCCUUUGAAGUUGCUGAAUCCACGGAAGGUCCGUGGCAGGUGCUAUAUCCCAAAGGCCGAGUUCAAGUGACCGGGGAAUCCUUCCAAGUGCGGCUGCGUGAAGAUGACACCAUCGCAGUGACUGUGAAGACUUUGUUGUUUGCUGGGAAGCCUGAGAUGAAGGUGACGAUUUCUGAAAUGGAUGAAGACUUCUGCACAAGGGUGGCACACUGGCUGCAGCAGGAGCGACAAGACACUUGGCAAGAGACCAAGCAAUCGAGACGGAGAAAAGAAGAAAUCGAUGAGAUGACCAGAUCCAAUGCAUUUCGAAGGAAGGUUUGUUCCUGGGAGGCCUUUGUGCUGACCUUUGCAAUCCUUUGUUUGCUUUGUUUCCUUGCCUUGGUGGCGGCCGCGGUGUGGAGUUAUUCUGAUAUCAUUGCAUACAUUGCUGUGGCUGCCGGGCCUUGUUGCUUGUCCUCAUUCUUCCUUUGCAUCGCCAGCCGUGAAAUGCAGGACACCGGAAGAUGCACAUGCCAAAUGCUUUGGCUUGUGCUGGCUUACCUUUGGGGCUUGGCCUGCUUGAUCGGCACCAUCGGGUGGAAGAACCUCUUCCUCGUACCUUUUGCCUUCGGCCCGUUCCUUUGUGUCGCUGCGCGCCACGUGUGCUCAGCCGCCGGCUGUUGUGGCAAACGGUGGCAUCGGGAAGCAGAGCUCUUCGUCCGGGAGACGACCAUCAUGUUUGAAGGAAAGGUCAUCGAGGAGCCCGGCACAGCCUGCGUUGCCUCCUGGCCCGGCAUCUACGCAACCGCAUGGCACUACUUGGCAAUGCGUGCCCGAGGUGGACAAACAAGCGCGGCAGUAGUUUUCCUACCCAAGGGUACCCAGCACUACGGCAAGCACUACCCAAUUCCGAAAGAGGAGGGGCUACAGGGUGAAUGCUGGUGCUUUGCACUUUAUGGGGAGAAGAAGGAAUGGGGCUGCCAGUGGUGGUCAGUAUGGAUUGAGAACGUCUACAGGGCUAUGGUGUGCGGCGCUGUCCUUCACGUGUAUUACUGCGAAGGGUUCUGCGGUAGAGGAAAGGCCGCAAGUUUUGCCACUGUCGGGCAAGAAAAUCUUGUCAGAGAGAAUGUGGAAAAAAAGAUGGAGGACUUUAGUGUGUCCAAAGAGUUUCAGGAUGCCGCUCAAGCUGGUUUGUGCAGGCUAUCAGACGAGCAGAGGUAUGAUGGCUCAUCGCAAUUCAGCCGGGAAAUGAAGCGCCUCUUCCGGAAAUGGCUGCCGCUUGAAGAUCUCAAAACUUUAGAAGAUUUAGAUGGCCUGGGACCUUCCCAGCGAGCUGAAGUAGCCUGGCUCGAUCGGAAGGGAUAUCCCUACAUCGAGAUGGAUGUGUCACCAUUUCUCCACACGCAAGAAGAAGAUCUUACGGCCACCAGCGCCGGCGAUGGCACCGAUCGAAGCGAAAGGAUCCGCGAAGCGCACUCGACUGCCGUGCUCGAGGACCACCAUGCCGCAAAGCGCAGGGUAGGACUGCCGGGACUGCGCGAGGUGAUCAAUGACUUGCAGGUUGCCAUUGAAGUUGCUGAAGGUCCAGGUCCAUGGCGGGUGGCGUAUCCCGAAGGCCGAGUUCAGGUGACCGGGGAAUCCUUCCAAGUGCGGCUGCGUGAAGAUGACACCAUCGCAGUGACGGUGCUGACGUCAGAGCUCGCUCUCGGACGCGAGAGGAAGGUGAUGGUGUCUGCAGUGGAUGAAGAGUUCGGUCGAAGGGUGGAUAUCUGGCUGCAGCAGGAGCAAAAGGCCAUUCGAGAGGAGGAGAAGUGGCGCCGAGAGGCGGAGAACCGCGUCCGCGACCGGACGAUCAUGUUCGAAGGAAAGAUCAGUGAGGAGCCUGGCACAGCCUGUAUUGCCUCUUGGCCGGGCCUCUAUGCAACAGCCUGGCAUUACUUGGCGCGACAAGCCCGAGGUGGGCAAACAAGCGCAGCAGUAGUUUUCCUUCCCGAGGGCACUCAGUAUUAUGGAAACCACUGCCCAAUCCCCGUGGAGGAGGGGUUGUGUGGCGCUUGUUGGUGCUUUGCACUCUACGGAGAGGAGAAGGAAUGGGGCUGCCAGUGGUGGUCAGUAUGGAUUGAGAACAUUCACAAGGCCAUGCAGUAUGGUGCUGUCCUUCAUGUGUACUUUUGGCAGGGUCUCCGUAGCAAAGGGAAGGUGGCAAGUUUUGCCACUGUCGGGCAAGAGAAUCUUGUUAGAGAGAGUGUGAGAAAGAAGAUGCAGGACUUUGAGAGGUCCAAAGAGUACGAGGAUGCCAAGCAAGCUGGCUUGCUGAAGCUUUCCAAUGAGAAGAGAUAUGAUCGCUCAUCGCAACAGAGCCGGGAAGUCCAGCGCCUCUUCCGGAAAUGGCUUCCACCCGAAGAGCGCAGGAUUUUGGAAGACGCAGAAGGGCUGGGAGAUUCCCAGCGAGCUGAAGUAGCCUGGCUCGAUCGGAAGGGAUAUCCCUACAUCGAGAUGGAUGUGUCACCCUUUCUCCAGCCAUCAGAUGGAGACACACAAGACCAAGAGGAGCCGCUCGACGCAAGACAUUCCGUGCAGGAUUUUCAGGAGAGUGUGAAAGAUGGGAAGUUCAUGGCGUUGCAAACCAAUCUUUGGAAAGUACCCUCUCACCCCUCAGCUUGUGCGAAGAUGGAAGAGGUUGCCUUCCACCCUUUGGUGAUCAAUGAUUUGCAGGUUGCCAUUGAGAUCGCCUGUCAAGAAGGUCAAUUCCGCGUGCUGUAUCCUGAGGGCAGAGCUCAGGUGGCCAGUCGGUCCUUUCAAAUGCGGUUGCGUGAAGAUGAACGCAUUGCAGUGACGGUGAAAAGCUCGAAAUUCGCUCACACUGACGACUUGAUUGCAUCCCAAGUGGAUGAAGACUUCCGCCAACGUGUGGAACAUUGGCUGAAGCGGGAGCAACGAGCUACUCGAGAGGAGGAGGAGCAAGAGAGACUGAGAGCAGCAGAGUUGGAAGAGAAGAUGAGAUCCAGUCAAUGUCACAGGAGGAUUCUUUCAAAGGAGACCGUUUGUCUUGUUUGGGUGACAGUUGGCCUUGCCAUUUCCUACUGCGUGUGCUUUCUCAAUUGGUUUGCCUUUGUUGCGUUUGCGUGGAAGUUGCUUGGGUUUGCUGGGGCUGUAUGCCUGGCCUUGCUCUUCUUUUGCAUGGACAGGGCAACGUCGAACACCACGACAUGGCAAAAUAGCUUGCUUUGGAUGGCCAGUGCUUUUCUAUGUUUUGGCUCUUGCUAUGUAUUUCUGAGGAUCCUGCAGGACGAGCAGUAUAACUCCCAGGUAUAUGAGGCCCCCAAGUAUGUUGUUCUGGUAGUUGUGGCUUUCUCUGCAACUGGCCCCAUUAUCGGCAUCGUCGCGCGCCGCAUGUGCUUGGCCAGCGGCCUGCAACGCCGGCAGUGGCACCAGGGGGCAAGUUUUGAAGGAAGGAUCAGUCAGGAGCCUGGCACAGCGUGUGUUGCCUCUUGGCCCGGCAUCUAUGAAACAGCCCGGCGGCGAUUGGUCAGGCACGCCCACGGUCAGCAAACAAGUGCAGCAAUGGUUUUCCCACCCAAGGUCACUCAGUGCUCCGGCGAACACAGCCCAAUCCCGAAAGAGGAAGGGCUACAGGGGGAAUGCUGGUGCUGGGCACUCUAUGGCGAAAGGAGGCCGUCAGGCUGCAAGUGGUUUGCAAUAUGGAUUCAGAACAUCCACAGAGCCAUGGAGUGCGGUGCCAACCUCCACGUGUAUUUUCGGGAAGGAUUUCGUGGUAGAGGAAAGGCAGCAAGCUUCGCGAGCGUCGGCCAAGAAAAUUUCAGCAGAGAGAAAGUGCGAGUGAAGAUGAAGGACUUUGAAAAAUCCAAUGAAUUUGAAGAUGCUAAGCAAGCUGGUUUGGUGAGGCUUUCUGACAUGAAACGCUAUGAUGGCUCUUCCCAACAGAGUCGAGAGAAACAACGGCUUUUCCUGGGGUGGUUGUCAGCAGAAGAUCGCAAGGUCUUGGAGGAUUCAGAGGGAUUGGGCGAUUCCCAGCGAGCCGAAGUAGCCUGGCUCGAUAGGAAGGGAUAUCCAUACAUAGAGAUGGAUGUGUCUCCCUUUAUUCAGCCAUCAGAUGAAGAAGGGAUCGCAGUGGAUGAUGUGCAGCCCACGUUGGUACAAAAAGAACUUCAUUCGGAGUUGUGAGAAUGUUAUUGCCCUUGACUCUGCAUUGUCGAAACAAGUUUGAGAUUCAUUUCACCAAGUUCAGUUUCACUGGUUUUAUGGUUUUACUGGAACCUGCUGAAGCAGAAGAACGCUUCACCAAUAUAUUCGGUUGAAGAAGCACAUCAGCACAUUUGCACAUCCGUUUAUUGCGACACCAGGCAUUUUCAUGCGGCCCAGUGUGCUUUUGAGUUCGAGAAAAAUAACAGGUCCCAGUGGAGCCAAGGUGGACCGCCUACAACGCAAAGUCUCACCAUCACGACCUGGAAGAACGCGGUUUGCGCCAACUCAUGGGGUCACCGGACAAAAGAUGCG